GACAAGCAGACCGGCAAGGGGCUCAGCGCGGUGAGGCUGGAGGAGCUGCGCCGGGCGCUGGAGGGCCUCGGCGAGGUGGACUGCAGCGCCCGGGCCUGGCCUGUCUACACGCAGGCAGAGGUUGCGGAGCACACGACGCUGGAGUCGGGGAUCUGGGUGAGCUACAAGGACGGCGUCUACGACAUCACGGACUUCAUCCAGAACCACCCGGGCGGGAAGGACAAGAUCCUCCUGGCCGCGGGCAAG